AUGAAGAACUUCAUGUUGGCGGAUGUUCCCAAGCUGCACGCACACCCGGAAAAGCACGAAGGAAAGAAAGAUGACCUUCGUCCAGGCCGCAGCUCCGGUCUGGAUGAUUUCCCGUUUGGGACAGCAAUGACCAAUCAUCAUGUGACUUACCAAUCGGGUGGCCGCCCGCGGGAUAUUCCAAUCAGCUUAACCCAUACUUCUCAAGUUCGCUUUCUUUUGUUCUUCAACUUCGAUUGUGAUCUCCAAUAUCCCCUUGGCUUUUGGGUCAAUUGCCAUUUUGCUGGUGUCGCACCGGCGCUAUCUCUCGAGUCUCCCCCCACCAUUCCCGCUGACCUCAUACCCCACAUGAGCAAAAAGUUCAAAUCGCAGGCCUCCAGCAGUCGCGCUGCUGCCGGCGCCUUCGGGUCCUUUGGAGGUUUCUCGAACAAUUUUGGGAGUGAUGGACGAGAGCCGUCGGCUCUUACAUACAUCGCCGAACCGCCAGAUCUGUCUCGUAUUUCCGAGCAGACACUAGUCAUUUCUUUCAAGAAUUUGUUGAAGAAAGAUGAUAUUACACGGACGAAGGCUUUGGAAGAGCUCAAAGAACAUGUCUUCUCCGUGGAUUCGAAGAAAGGAACUCUUGAUGAUGGCUUUUUAGAAGCAUGGGUUAAAAUAUACCCAAGGUUGUCGAUUGAUCUCUCUCGACGAGUCCGCCAAAUAUCUCAUACACUUCAGGGCUCCAUCUCUGGUCUUGUUGGAAAGAGAAUUGCACCUCAUCUGCCCAAGGUUAUUGGCGCUUGGCUGGCUGGUCUCUACGAUAAUGACAAGCCGGUUCACCGCGCCGCCCUGGAAUCGUUUAUCAGUGUCUUCUCGACUCAGGAUAAACGAAACAAUGUUUGGAAGAUCUAUCAAAGUUCCAUUCUGGAUUUCGUAGAUGACGUUCUCCUCCAUCAAUCACCCCUGACCUUGAGCGAUGAGAGGACUGUCAAGCGGGAUGACGCAGAAGCGAAACACGCGCGAGUAGUGGGAGCUGGACUGCUUCUUUUCAAUCGCAUUUUAGGUGACUCGGAAGACGAGGAUCUUCAAAAGAACCUCUCAGAAAUCGAAACUUUGCUUAGUAGCAAGGAUUUAUGGGGGUUCUGUAACCAUGAUGAUCCAUUCGUUCGCAGAUCCAUAUAUAUUCUCCUGCGAACUGCGGUAUCCAGGCAGCCCGGAUGGGUGGAUUGGAAGCUCCUCAGUUCAGCCAUCGUGGGGAAAUCCUUAUCCAUCUCACAGCUCGGCUCGGCUUCCGAGCUAUCUGAGACCCUUCUUCUCUUGACCUCUUUAAGGCCCCAGGCAUGGACAGAGGACUAUACGGGAAAGACUUCGUCUUCAAAGAGGCUCCGUCAAUAUAUUCAGAAGGGGUCACAAGGUGGCACUGGGAAAUUUUGGUCAAAUCUUGACGAGCUACUCCGGAAGAUUCCCCAGGAGGUCCUUGGUGGAGCCGACAAAGCAUCUACCGAUGAGAAAAUCAAACUCUCGACUGUCAUUGUUCUAACAGAAACUUUCCAAGAAGGCCUCAACUCGAGAGAAGAGCCCCGUCAAAACCUUUUCAGUGGGUGGAAAUCCUACAUUGAGAUCAGUCUCUGGCUUGUAAAUCUCUUGCCAGAGGAGCAACGUCCUGAACUCAUCCAAAAGCGACUUUCCCCCUUGGUGACACAUUAUGUGCAACCUGAUCCCGAACUGACUCAGUGGUCGCUCCCCACCCAGUCCACCGAACAUAUUUGUAUCGACUAUCUUUUGGCUCUUGUUGCUCAUGACCAAUAUCAAGAAAUAGAGCUACUAUGGUCAAGUCUGUCGAACGGGCUUCUUGAAGCAGUUAAGCUAUCAUCUCCAGAGCAGUCGAAGGACUUCCGCUCAUCUCAAGAUUCGAUCUGCGAACAAUCGAAGCGCCUUUUUGUAUUGGAACCUUCAGUCAUAUCGCGAGCAACGGAGGCGUGUCGGCUUAAAGAGAUUUUUGAAAAGGCCAAUAUGUCCCUUCUGGACAACUGUCUGCAGGUUCUACGCUCCCGAAACGGAAAGCCUUAUGGUGCCGCCGGGGUUGUAGAAGAGUGCGUUCGCAGAGUGCCUUCUAUCGCAAAACAGUCUCAGGAACUUCUAAGUUUCCUCAAGAUGGAUGCACCCGAGCUUCUGUUCUCGCCCUCCGGCGAUCGUCUGAUUACAAUCAUUCUGGCAUGUCGGCAAUGGGAAGGAUUCUCUUCUUGUUUCGAAGUUGUCGUCGAGCGAGCUCUGGAAUUGGACCCGGAACAAUCGAAUGCCCAUGUCCUUCAAAGCCUUCUAUCGACGAUCGAUUUCAACGAAGUCGAAUAUCAAGCUAAGCUCUCUUCGCUCGUGAUGCGAGCUCUAGAUAAAGCCUGCAGAGGCAGUGCGCCACACUGGCCGAUUGUAACUGCAGUUCUCCGGAAUCAUACUUCAUGGGAGGCAUUGAUGGAUCAAGUCUUCAUGUCAAUUAUUGAGUCAUUGUCUACGGAGGAUAGGGUCUUCGACGCCCUCCACGGGCUCUCUCACCUUGGAAAGACCGUUCCCGCUGCCGUGCGCGAAUUCCAGGGUGGAUCUAAUGGCUCCAAGUUAACAGGAAAACUGUUGUAUCUCACCGAGUCUCCUUCGGAGGAGGUGGCCGUCUUGGCUGAGUCUUUGAUGAGGAAUUUCAAGGAAACCGUUGUUGGUGAUACGAGCACCAAGUCUAAGAUUGAGAUCCUCCAACAUGGAUUCUCUCACGCAAGCGAAGAAUCUCUAACAAUUGAUUCCCUCGUUUCUAUCGCUGAGGAGCUGCUUCCUGGCCUGGCAACGAAAGAAGAAACAACAUACAGUCUCAAAAACAUCUUACCCUCUGCGUCUACUUGGGAGACGGCUAUGGCUCCCUUCCUCCAGCUACCUCCGCGUCCCUCUACCGCAAUUACUAGUCCACUGGCUGGCGCUGUUCAUUUAAUCCAGCACGAUCUGACUGAUUCAUUCAAGGAUUUAAGGCUCAGUAUCGCGCGUGACUCGUCUCAUAGUUCCGCCGCGUUCCGGCUCGCCAGUUUCACUAUCAGGAUUUUGGCCUCAACACACCUGAAUGAACACAUGGACAAAGAAGCCUUUGAAACCCUCUUUUAUUUCAUCCCAUUGGCCGUGCAGCUGAUUGAUGACGAUCUGAGUAUCGAAAACUCCAAUGGAAUCUUGGGCCUGGAGUUGGCAGAUCAGCGCGAUGACUAUGUUGAAAUUGUCUUCAAGGGACGCAGAGUAAUCAGCGACUGGAUUCACGCUGAGGAUAACACCAGAUACGCGCCUCAAUCAACGGUUUCUUCGUCUCUACUCGCCUUCUGGGAAAGCAAACUCGAGGGACUAGGAGGAACUUCUCCCCUCGACUACCGCGUUGGAGAGGCUUUUGUCAAGAUCAUGGGCUCCGUCGAGACACUGGCAGCAUCCAAGUCAGCCGAUGAUGUCGCGACAAUUUGCAGAAGUGCUCGCACCGCUAAUGCCAUUCGGUCGGCCUCCUGGUUCAUUGUGCUUCGAAGCUCUAUCUUGUCAAAUCCUAUCGGAAAUCGAAUCUGCAACGAGCUGGUUGCUGACUCCUCUGGGCUGAAACCGCAAAGUUCUUUUCCAGAUGGACUCCGCAAACUUGCACUGCUUAAUAUCCUACUAUCUGGGGAGGAGAACGUUGUUUCAACAAUCCCCACGCAACGACUCGUCUUUCUCACGAAGCCGCUUAUUGAGUGUCUUCAGUCCGGACUGCAACCUCUUGGUCUGAGCGCUGAGAUUAUCAAAACAUUAUCAUUUGUGCUUCCAGCUCUUUCUGAGAUCUAUGGGUCACACUGGGAAGACAGCAUGGCCGUUUUGAGCACUGUGCUCAAGGACAUCAGUGGGGGCGAAGUGGGCCUUCCGCUGCUAGUAGCGUCCUUCAGACUGUUCUCUAGUCUAAAGUCUAUGACAGAUGGUGAAAGCAACGAUGAUCUUCAAGAUGUUUGGCUUGAACGACGCGUUGGACUUUUCAAUGAGUUGGCUUCUUCUGUCGGGAAGUUCGACGCUUCAACUACCUAUCAUCAACCACGGGACGUCGCUGUCGAUCUUCUGCGACGCUUGAUUAACUUCAUUCCUAUUGAAAAGUUGGAUGAUGUCAGCGAAGUCUUCUCUCUUCUGACUGCUCAUAGUCGUGCUGUGCAGCGCACCGCUUAUACCCUCCUCCACCGUUAUAUCCCACAUGCUCAAGAGCAAGUAUCCUUCGACGUGGCCUUGUCUAAGUCCGCAGUCAGCCUGCCCGAUGAGCUUGUAUCUCUUCUACUCGAAACACCCACCAUGCAAAUGGUGAACAUGUCAUACGGCGAUGAUAAGAUGUGGACUAGUUUGAGGGCGUAUCUCCUAAGCUGGAAGGUGAUUUUCGAUCAUUUCUCCAAUGCUUCGCUCCCCGUUCAAGAAUACUAUGCCGCAAACAUCAAGGAAAACAACGUCUUGGUUCCAUUAUUGGAGUUUACGUUUGACUUCCUUCAGAAAGCGCAUGGCAAAAUCAUCGACCCGACCAAGUUCGAUAUACAAUCGUUCCAGCCCGAUGAGUCCGAGAAUGCGGAGAAGGAGACUCAGUGGCUCUUGGUGCAUCUCUACUACCUUUGUCUCAGACAUCUUGCCAACAUGACUAAGAACUGGUGGAUUGAUACCAAGAAGCGUGUCAAAGGUCCAGUAGAAGGGUGGACGGAAAGAUACAUCUCACCUGUUGUAGCCGGAGACUCCAUGAAGGGCGUCGAAGACUGGGCUGCCACUCAAGAUCCGAAUGAGGAGCGUGCUUUGACUGUUAAGAUCUCUCCCAAGACAGCCGAGAUCAUCGCCAGCAUCCCAGUAGAUGAGGAAUCUCCUCCCGUCUCCAUCUCGAUCUCCCUUCCUCCGGCAUACCCGUUGCAUCCAGCAAUCGUGGUCGGGCGCAGCCGAGUUCUUGUCGACGAGAAGAAGUGGAAGAGCUGGCUUCUCACCAUCCAGGGAGUCAUUAUGUUUGCCAAUGGUAAUCUAGUUGAUGGCCUGCUUGCUUUCCGGCGGAAUGUGCAAGGUGCUCUGAAGGGUCAGAGCGAGUGUGCUAUCUGUUAUUCGGUCAUUUCAACCGAUAUGCAGACCCCCAACAAGCGUUGUGCUACCUGCAAGAACACUUUCCACUCGGUCUGCUUGUUCCGCUGGUUCAAGAGCAGCAACCAGAGCACUUGCCCAUUGUGCCGUAACAACUUUGUAUAUGUUUGA